AUGGCGCCCUCAGACUACAGCAAACCCUUCAUCAAUGUCAGCAGCCCGUACCCUUACGUAGCUGUCGUGGAACUGGAUCGCCCGAAGAAACUCAACUCAUUCACACAGCAAAUGUUCACAGACAUUGGCUCUGUCUUCUCCAGGCUAUCAGUAGACCCAGACGUCCGAGCCAUCAUCCUCACAGCAGCAGGCGACAGAGCUUUCACAGCAGGCCUUGACGUAACGGCUGCCUCCGGUGGUCACAUCGGUGGCGACAGCAAUCCUGGAGAGGAUGUUGCACGCAAAGCCUGGGCUCUCCGACGACACAUCAAAGAGAUCCAGGAGCCUGUCAGUGAGAUUGAGAAGUGUGAGAAGCCGGUGAUAUGCUGUAUGCAUGGUAUCUCAUACGGUGCUGCCAUUGAUAUCUCUACCUGCUGUGACAUCCGGAUCUGCUCGAAGGAUUCGAGGUUCUCUGUGAGGGAGGUUGCGAUUGGACUUGCGGCGGAUGUUGGAACGUUGACACGGUUGCCGCAUACGCAGGUGCCGAUGAGUUGGAUCAAGGAUAUUUGCCUGACGGCGAGGGAGUUCAGUGCGGAGGAGGCGAUGACGAUGGGGUUUGUGUCCGGAGUGCUUGAGGAUAAGAAGGCUUUGCUGCAAAGGGCGUAUGAUCUGGCCAAAGAGAUUGCGGACAAGUCUCCUAUUGCUGUGCAGGGGACGAAGGCGGUGAUUAAUUAUUCGAGGGACCAUUCAGUUGCUGAUGGUCUUGACUACAUCGCUGUGUGGAAUGCUGCCAUGCUGCAAAGCAAAGACGUCAAAGAUGCCAUGCUGUCGGGAAUACAGAAGCGGACUCCAACGUUCGAGAAACUUUAG